CGUUCUCUCUCUGACGGCCGUUUAUCUGCGCCUACAAAGCUCUAGAGAAAAUGUCAGAAGUAGAGGAGUAUCGCUGCUUUGUUGGUAGCCUUUCAUGGUCAACAACUGAUGGAAGUUUGAAGGAAGCAUUUCAGAAGUUUGGCCAUCUUACUGAGGCCAAGAUUGUUCUUGAUAAGUUUUCUGGUCGAUCUCGUGGGUUUGGCUUUGUCACGUUUGAUGCUGAGGAUGCUAUGGAAGAGGCUAUUGAAGCAAUGCAUGGAAUGAACCUUGAUGGCCGAUCUAUUACUGUUGAAAGAGCCCAACCUCAGGGUCCUGGUGGAAGGGAUCGUGAUUCAGGGCGUGACUUUGAUCGUGGUCGUGAUCGAGGCCGUGGUAGGGAUUUUAGUGGUGGUGGUGGACGGGGUUCAAAUGGUAGUGACUGUUUUAAGUGUGGGAAGCCUGGUCAUUUUGCAAGGGAAUGCCCAUCAGGUGAUGGUGGAAGAGGGGAUAGGUACAGUGGCAGAGAUGAUUAUGGGGGUAGUCGUGGUGGCGGCAACCGAUAUGGACCUGAUCGUAAUGGGGAUCGCUUCAGUUCUCGGAACAGAGAUGGGGUAAGCCGUGGUGGAGGCGGAGGUGAUCGUUAUAAUCGUGAUAGAUCUGGUCCAUAUGAACGCCCUAAUGGUGGUGGGGGCUACAGAUCUUGAUUUAUUGCUGCUUGUUUUCAGGUUCAACUUGGCCUUGUGAAUUAUGGCAUUUCUCAAUCCUUUGUGGGUUACCAAAUGACUAGCAUUGUUCAAAUUUGUGUGACCUAGUAUCGUCAUUCUUGGAAUUUCAUUUGUUCUUGCUUUUGCCCGGAUGUGGUCUCUUCCCUCUAGAUCAAAUUGACUUUCAAAUCUUUGUUUGUGAAGAUUGGGGGAUGUGGGAGUUGCCCUUUCAAGAUACUCUGCCCUAAUAUACCAAUGUCAAAUUCCCUAAUAUGCACGGGCCUAGUGGUGUCUGCAGGCUGAGAAUGCGCAUGACAGAUCCGUGCAUGCGUUGUGUUAGCUGGGAAGCAUUUUGCGGGUUAUGAUCUGAUCCUUGGCAUUUCUUCUUUAAAGACAACUGUUGUAACAAUUUGGCAGUUACAUUUUAUGAUAUCUAUUGCUAAACCUGGAUUUGCUAUC